AUUAUUGUUCAUGUGACUUGCUGAUUUUUUUUUUAAAUUUUUUCCCCAAUGUUUUAGGGCCAGCAAUCUAAUCUUGCAAAUUCAGUUAGAUGACUCCAAACUCCGAGCUCCACUAACACUGCAUUCUCUUGCUCUACCCUUAUCAUUGUGCCUUUGGUGUUUGAUGAAAGUGUUCAGUGAAGUAAAUACAACAUCAUUAGGAAAGCUCACUUGGGACAUUAUCAAGGAGAAACCAAAGUUGUUGAUAUUUUCCAGUCUAAAUACCUAAAGGGUGACUUAGUGCUUUCAAGGAAUAUCCCGGAAGCUCUUACACUUAGACUUCUAUUGUUAAAGCCAAGGAAGUCCUCCAAUCUGGCUUUCGUUUUCUUGUUGGGAAGGGCAACCUCUCUUUGUGGUAUGAUUGUUGGUUCAUUGAUGGUCCCCUAUGCUCCUUGGUUGACUAUGUCCACAUUCAGGACACUCAUCUUUCCUUGAAGGACAUAUUCGUUGAUGGAACUUGUAACCUGAAUAUGCUAGCAACUCCCUUGAAUCCUAGUUAUCUCUUUGAUCAGCCACACCUUCCUUUAAGGUCAUAGUGAAUCCAUCCUCCACCUUCUCAAGGAUCCUUCACUGUCCAUGGGUUUUGCCCUCAAGGGUUAUCUCAUUGGAUAUUUGUAGAUACUAUUGUUACAACCUUCAAUCGUGCAAGUUAGUUUCUUGUUUUCAUCUGUUUGAUUUUCUCGUUGAUAAAAAAAUAUUUUAAAUUUCAACAAUUUUCUUUUCACGGUAACAAGAAUCAAAUCUAAUAAUAUCUUAGUAGAUAUUACUCAAAUCUCCUCCUCACUUGGACCACACUAGUGGGUACAAUUUUCUGACAUAGGAUAAAAAAACUAGUAGUGGGUACAAUUCGAACCAACUAAUUCCUUGUGAAAAAUGUUUUUGAUCUUUCAAAGAAUAUUAUUUUAAUACUGAGGAUAGAAUAGAAUAUAAUAUAGUCGGCACUAGACGUUGUCAAGUCUCUCUCUCUCUCACAGUCACCUUAAUGUUAUCUGUACACUUCAGAACCAACACAACACAACAUCUCAAAACUCUCUCUCUCUGUCUCUCUUUCUUUCCUCGUAUAUUAUAUAGAUAUAUGUUCUGAGUCUUUGGUUUUUCGCCACCUUCAAGUGUGCCAUAAGAAAAUGGAAAAAAACUGUUGCAAUCAAAGUGAUUGAUUGUUUCACCAUCAACAAUGAGGCGCUACUUGUCAAAAUUAAUUCAUGGCCCAGUUGGCUUUAAUCCAUCAAAUUCCUUUCCGCAGUUGAAUUGUGAGAUGGGUUCCUACUGUGCUGCCAGAAGAACUAAUCGCCAAGCUUUGUUCAGUGGCAACAAUGAAUAUGCCACAAGAGCUUUUGCAACAACCUCUUGUGCUUCAUUGUCUGAAGAUCAGCCAAAGGAUAAUCCUGUCUCUGAUAUGUUAGUAGAUUCAUUUGGAAGGCUUCACACUUACUUGAGAAUAUCUCUAACAGAGAGGUGCAAUUUAAGAUGUCAGUAUUGUAUGCCAGCAGAUGGUGUGGAACUCACUCCUAGUCCUCAACUUUUAACAAAGACUGAGAUUCUGCGAUGCGCAAAUCUGUUUGUAAGCUCUGGGGUAAAUAAAAUACGUUUGACGGGUGGGGAGCCAACUAUUAGAAAAGAUAUUGAAGACAUAUGUUUGGAAUUGUCAAACUUGAAGGGAUUGAAGACAUUGUCCAUGACUACCAAUGGUAUUGCCCUGGCAAGAAAACUUCCAAAGCUGAAAGAAUGUGGGCUUAAUUCUGUGAACAUUAGUUUAGACACUCUGGUACCGGCGAAGUUUGAGUUUAUGACGAGACGCAAAGGGCAUGAAAAAGUAAUGGAUGCAAUUAAUGCUUCCAUAGACCUUGGAUUUAAUCCAGUUAAGGUCAAUUGUGUUGUAAUGCGUGGAUUCAAUGAUGAUGAAAUCUGUGACUUUGUUGAGUUGACGCGUGAAAAGCCAAUUGAUAUUCGGUUUAUAGAGUUCAUGCCCUUUGAUGGAAAUGUUUGGAAUGUCAAGAAACUUGUACCCUACUCAGAAAUGUUGGAUAAAGUGAUGAAACGGUUUACAAGCUUAAAAAGAGUUCAGGAUCACCCUACAGAUACAGCUAAGAAUUUCACAAUAGAUGGGCAUGAAGGUAGAGUUUCAUUUAUCACAUCGAUGACUAAGCAUUUUUGUGCUGGUUGCAAUAGAUUGCGACUACUAGCUGAUGGAAACUUUAAAGUCUGUUUAUUUGGUCCUUCAGAGAUUAGCUUAAGAGAUCCCCUGAGACGUGGUGCAGAGGAUGAUGAACUUAAAGAGAUAAUAGGGGCAGCAGUGAAGAGGAAGAAAGCUUCACAUGCUGGUAUGUUUGACAUAGCAAAGACUGCAAAUAGGCCCAUGAUACAUAUUGGUGGAUAAGGUAUCAUACAUUUAUAAAAUUACUUAUAUAUCAGGCAACCAGAGCAGCCCAGCCAGAAGCACCCUGAAUUUAGUAUUGGCUGAGAGCUUGAGAUCUUCUUUGAUUGUCAAUAUUACUCCUUGUAGAGUGACACAAUUUUUUCAGUUUUACCUAGGCAUAUAUUUUGCUAAAUGUUUGUGUCUAUUGGAUACACUGCAUCACUUGAACUCACAGCUGCAGUAUCAGUGAAUAAUGCAAAUUUGGACUUGGGCAUAUUUUUUUCUUACAAUAACAACAAUGAGCUUUGAAUCUA